GGGAAAACGCUUAACACGAAAAUUCGCGAAACUACAUGCGCCUGCACUCACCAUCGACCAACGACACGACUGAGAUAACACACAGAGACUCUUGCCUCUGAUCUGUUGGGCAUAAGUUCGACAAUAUGUCUCACCGCGCCGAUGCGUCCAACACGCUCGACAACCGUGGGUACUCUGGCCCGCUCAUUCGAGGCCAGAACCCUGCGCUCCUCCUCGAGACUGCGAUGCGCGAUCGCAUAACCGAUUCAUUAUACUGGAAAGAACAAUGUUUUGGUCUCAACGCCGCUACGCUGUGCGAUAGAGCGAUCGAACUCACAUACAUUGGUGGUACCUAUGGUGUUGCCAUGAAGCCCUCACCGUUCAUCUGCCUAGCCUUCAAACUCUUAACGUUGGUGCCCGACAAGGAAAUCAUACUAGAAUACUUGACCUACGGCGGGGAAGAGUGGAAAUAUCUACGAGCGCUGGCUGCGUUCUACGUGCGGUUGACAUUCGAUGCAGCCGAUAUAUACAAGACGCUAGAACCAUUUCUAGAGGAUUCCAGAAAAUUGAGGCAAAGGAGGAAAGAGUCUUACGUUCUCAUAUACAUGGACGAAUUCGUGGACAAUCUCUUGACUAAAGACCGCGUCUGCGGAACAAGUCUGUGGAAAUUGCCUGCGAGACAGCUACUGGAAGAUUUGGAUCAACUGGAAGAGAGAGUCAGCCCGCUGCAGGCGGAGCUGGAUGCUAUGGAGGACGAGGAUGAAAUCAUGGAAGAUGGUGAUCGCAAUGGCACCAGGAGUGAAAACGGCGAGAGUCCACGAAGCCAAGACAGGAGCAGGAGCAGGAGCAGAAGUCGAAGUGGUUCCGAAAGUGGUUGAAGGACACUCUCAAUCUCAGCAAUGCGCAACCCUCGCUCUAGGAAAGCCACGAACAUCAUAAGAAUACGGUCGUGUCUCAAACCACUACAUAAUCGCCACCGUCGCUAGAGGACUUUUCUGCUGGAUUUAGCUCUUCUCCAGCAUCAUCAGCUUCCUCCUUUGGAAACUCCUUCGCAGUUGGAUCCGACUUCUCCUGUCCGAAGGGAGCGAGCGUAGAGGCUUGAGAUCUGAUGAGAUCCAUCAACGAAGUGCUAUCAUCUUGACGGUCCCAGGUCGGGUGCUCAACAUGCCUUUCCGGUAAUUCCAGCUCCCUGGUCAAAGGAAUCCCUUCAGCCUCAGCCUCAGCCUCAGUCUCAGGCUCGUCAACAGAUGGAUCUUUGUGAGCCUCUGAAGACACGUCCCGCGAAACUAAAUCCAUCGUGGCAGCUGAUUUAGCAAUUGCGCCGUCAUUCUCGACAGCAUCUCGUUGCUUGGAUGGUCCCUGCAGGAUCGUGGCUGAUGGCUCUGAUUCCACCGAGUCGUUCUCAUCGCUUGCGAUAGACUGCUCGGACCCAUCGUCUGGAGAUUCAUCGGCAGCUGGCACUCCGUCGCGUUCCUCACGGUACAAGAAGUCUCGACCUCUCCAGGCUUCUUUCCUCAUGUACUGGCACCAUUCGGGCGCAUUAGAUGCCUCAUCGAGGAGCUGAACCAUACUCGGUCCUCCUAUGUCCGUGUUUACCACGUUCAGCAAGGUGACUGAGAAGCCAUCUGACGUCGGCAGAAAUGGUCCAGCAUACACGCGUACGGGCCAUAUGUUCCAGCCCUCCUGUAGUUGCUUGACAGUCUCAUCCGUGGUAUGUCUCAGCAAUUUCUGGCCAAUUUGAGCAGAGAAAUUGAUCAGCACGACAGGCUCGUUGGAGUUCAUUCGCACGCUGCGAGACCGCGAAAUGUUUUCAUCGAGUAGGCCUCUGAGCAUCAAUUCGACCUCCUUCUGUGUGUUUUCCGUUUCAGUGUCGUUGCGGUCUGCGCCUCCUUCGGCUCCGUGCGAUCGACCACCCUCGCUGUCCUGAAUCUGGGAGGUUUCGCAGGUCAUCAGGUUUCGCGACACCAAUCCGCCGACUUUCCUGAUAUCUUCGUCGCUAUAGCCAGCAUUGGCCAGCGCAUCGCAGAUUUUGGCCACGAGUAGAGCGCCAGCACCUCCUUUGCUGGAUAGCUUGUUGUUGCCAUCUUCCAGUUGGGCACGAUCUGCCAGGUCGAAGCCAACAAUAUCUUCGACCUCGACCCCGUAGGCCGCGGGGAGUUUGAAAAUGCUGUUGUCCAUGACUAGCCACUGCAGUAGAAUCUGCCGCAGUUGGGAACACUGUUGAGUUCGGUCUGCAGGUUAACGGGGAAAUUUCAGUAUUCCUUCGAAUGUCGGACAAGUCGGAGAUGCCUCAUGUCACUUUCUUCUGUGGAAGUUGAAAUCUAUCAGGACAUUAUCACAUUACCACAUGCCACUCAACCAUUCUGGUGCUGACUUGCGCAUGACGUUCGUUCGUCGAAUUGAUCAACCAUGCCCUGCAUACGGGCGGCGCAUCUAUCGCAGCUCGACAGGCCAAUCAAUUAGAAGAGUCGACCUUCCACUGUUAAUUGGCUGCCUUUUACGAGUAGGAUACGAGUAUCGACGUACCUAACGGUUACAGCAUAGACAGACCCUCCCAUUUCAGCCUUACAGUCAUCUAUAAACCUUGGAAGAUGGCAUUGAACUGGUGAUGCGUAAUGUACAAUAGUGCCCAGAUUAUCAUCACCCUCAAUUUGACAUUCCUUGUUGUCUACAGACUAAAAUCAAUAUCUCGGGACCCUGCAGCCACCACUCACUCCAACGGGACUGCCCGUUUGUCCAAAGUCCACCUUGUUUCCUUUUUAAACG